AUGAACAAUUUCCAAUCUAAUGAAAGAAAAAAUUCAGUUUAUUUCGGUGUGAGAAUUGUGGACAUAGAUUAUUAUCAAAGUAGACCAGUUAAAGAAUUAGAUAUUACAAUUUCUCCUUUAGAUGGCAACGAAAUCUACGAAGUACCUAUAUUAAGAAUAUUUGGUUCAACACCAGCAGGCCAAAAAUGUUGUUUACAUUUACAUCAGCUAUUCCCUUACUUUUUCAUAGAGUACGAUGGAUCAUUAAAUACAAGCUAUGUAAAUACUUUUAUUAAAAAAUUGGUUUCAAGUUUAAAUUUGGCAUUAAAUAAUUCAAUUUUUAAUAAUAAUAAUAAUAAUAAUAAUAAUAAUAAUAAUAAUAAUAAUAAUAAUAAUAAUAAUAAUAAUAAUAAUAAUAAUAAUAAUACUGACAACCAACCACAUGUACAGUUUAAUAAAAAGCAAUAUAUAUUUAAUGCAAAGUUAGUUAGAGGUAGGCCAUUUUAUGGUUAUCAUUCAACUGAUAAAAUAUUCAUAAAAUUAUAUCUAUUUAAUCCCGAUGAUAUAAAUAGAAUUUCAGCACUAUUAAAAAGUGGUAGUAUUAUGAACAGAGAAUUUAGAGUAUUUGAAUCACAUAUACCUUUUGUAUUACAAGUGUUUUUAGAUUACAAUUUAUCGGGAAUGUCAUAUAUAGAAUUUUCAAAAGCAUGCUUCAGAACUCCACUACCAUCAAAUUUAAAGAAAUGGGGCAAUAAAAUUAUAGAUAGAGAAUUGAUUCAUUCUGGUGGUGCAAGUAAUACCAACUAUUUAUUAUCAACAGACAUAAAUAAAAAAAUAUGGUCCCAAAAUCAUUUAGAAAACCCAAAUAAUGAUAUCCCACUUUCAACUAUUAAAAAUAGAAAGACAACAUGCGAGUUAGAAGUAGAUGCAGUCAUUUUUGAUAUAGCAAAUUUCAAUAGUAAUAGUUUUACGCCCCCAAAAAAUUCUGAUAUUGAAGAAAAGGUUGUAAAGUCACUGGGAUUAAUUUGGAACGAAGAGUUAAACAGAAGAAAAUCAUUAGGGAUUGCCUCUCAGUUUACGCAAAUACCAGAUUUCACCAGAAAACCUGCCAAUAUUGGUUAUUUUUCGAAACCUUUAGCAGUUGAUCAUAUUAAAGAAAUUAUAAAGCAUGAAAGAGAUCAAAUUCAAAAUAUUUUACAAAAAAAAAUAAAUAAUAAUAAUAAUAAUAAUAAUAAUAAUAAUAAUAAUAAUAAUAAUAAUAAUAAUAAUACUAUAAAUAAUAAUAAUAAUAACAACAACAAUAAUAAAAAUAAUAAUAGUUUUGGUAAUAAACAAAGCCCAUCAGAUGAUUCAAUAUCAAAUAUUUCAUCCAAUCCAUCAUUUAAUGUUAAUGUUUUAAAUCAAAAAAACCAACAAGAAAUUGAACAAGGAAAUGAUUUCAAUAUCGUUCAAACACCCCUUUCAAAUAUAUCUUUAGAUCAAUUGCAAACAAAUAUUGAAAUACAAACUACAAAUUUUUUAAAUGAAAAAGAGAUUCAACAGGAAAUUGCCCAAACUACUCCAUCUAAAAACAAUGAUAAAAGCUUUACCCAAGAUUUCAAUGAUGAUUUUGAAAAUAAAGAAUUUGAUGAUCAAGAAUUUUUUUCACAAAAAGAAGUUAAUGACAUUGUAAAUACUCAAACUAAAUUAUUAAAUAUGUUUUUAGAUAAUGAGGAUGAUAAAGGUGAUCUUUGGGCUUUAACAGAAAGUGAUGAUGAUAGCAGCAAUAUUCAAGAUUGUAAUAAUAAUAAGGAUAAUGCUUUAGUAUCCAACGAUUCAAAUUCACCAAGAUCCCCAUCCGAAAAUAUCCCUCAAUAUGAUGGUACAACAGAUAAAGAUAAAUUUUCAUCAAAGCCCAAUUACAAAAAUCAAAAUCAAAAUCAAAAUCAAAAUCAAAACAAUAAUAAUAAUAAUAAUAAUAAUAAUAACAUUGGUAAUACUGGUUCUAGAAGCAAUAGUAGAGGUUUUUCUUUUGGUCGUAAUAAUAUUAAUAAUAGCAAUAAUAACAAUAAUAGAGGUUAUACACAUUUAUUAAAUAGAAAAGCAAAUAGUUUUAGUAUUGUCAAAUAUAGUACAAUUAAACAAUUAAAUUUAAAAAAUAAUUUAAAACCAUGUUUAACAAAUAAUGAUUUAAAUACCAAUUUAGAUGAUUUAAAUAAUAUCAAUAAUAAAAAUAAAAGAAAAAGAGUUAGAUUCGAAUUUGAUUUAAAUAAAAAAUCCAAAGAAAAGAAAAUAAAUAUUAUUGUACCAGAAACUCAAGAGGACCCCAUUCAACCACUCUCUCGCUCUUCAUCUAUCAUAAUACCCGAGACCCAACCAUCAAACUCUAUAUUAGAUUCCCCAACUAUUCGCUCCUCGCUUGUAAUACCUGAAACCCCAUCAUUUCAACUUGACAAUCAACAAUCAAAAGCACUAACAACAACAACAACUACAACUACAACUACAACCACAACGUAUAACUCUCUUUUGUCUAAAAAUAAUAAACCACUAUUUAAUCUCAACUUUAGUCAAAAAUCAUUAGUACUUCAAAAAAGCAUUGAACAGCUUUUAGACUCAAAUACAAAUGAAGCUGACGACGAUAUGAUUUUUAAAACUCCAACAAAUAUCAAUACAGUAGAAACACAAAAAGAUACAUCAAAUAUAAGUGUUAAUAAAAUAAAUUCAACUGAAACAACUACAAUCACUACUUAUAAACCAAAAUUCAAUAUAAAAUCAAGUAAAACCAUCACAAAACCAAAAAAUGAUAGAGGGUUUAAUUUUCCAAUAGCAAAAGAGGAACAACAAGAAGAAGAAAAGGUAUUUUCAAUGUCACUAUGGACUCCCUCUAUUGAUAUUAAGACCAAAGCUUUUUCACUAAAAAAAGAAAAUCCAAAAGAAAGUAUAUUUCGCUAUCCAAAUAUUUCUCUUGGCGACUCCCCGGUUAAAAAUUAUAAUAAUGAUUAUGAUAGCAAUUUUUUACCAGAAUCAUCAACACCGCUAUCAUUACCAUUGCCACUACCAUUAUCAUCACCAUUAUCACCAGUUCCACCUGUAUAUUUUCUUGAUGAAGAAGAAAAUUAUAAAAACAAUCAACAUAGGGCCAGAAAUCAAGAGCAAGAAAUAAAAGAUUUAGAAAUUGAAAACCUUAUAAAAAAAACCGAUAAGGAAAAUACAGUUUUAAAGGAAAAUAUACAGGAUAUAUUAAUACCUACACCACCAUCACCCCCACCACCAAUUUAUGACGAAUCUCUUUUAUAUGAAGGUUGUAAUUUAAAUAAAGAUAACAUAAAUAAUGGUCGAUAUAUAAAUAAUAGAAAUAGUUCAGGAAAUAAUGGAAUUGAUAAAAUUAACAAUGGUAUUAAAAAUUUAAAAGAAACAGACGACUUCAGCAUAGAAACUAAAGAUUUUGAAAAUAUCAAAGAAAAAACAGAUGAUGAUGAUGACUAUUAUAUUAUAAAAGAAGAAUAUCUCAAUGAUACUAUUAAUAUUUUAGGUAGAAGAAAUACAUUAGCUUUAAGUAAUUAUAAUACCACAAUUAAUAACAUUAAUAAUAUUUUUAGACUAAGUACUGAACCACCAAGUAUAAAUGAUGUCUACCAAGAACUAAAUAAAGCUAACAAACCAAUUAAUAUCUAUCAAGAACCAUUUUAUUCAAACCAACAAGAUUUACCAAAAUUUCCCAAAAGACCAAAUCCACCACCUCCCCAAUUUAAAUCUAGUUUAAAACAAUUUAAGGGCCUAAGUCAUUGGAAAAAUGUAUUUCAAUCAAGUAAAAACAAUAAUAUAUUUACACUUGCAACUCCACCACCAACAACAAAUCAAUUAAUCAAAGAAUUAGAAUUACAACAACAAGAACAACAAAAACAAGAUUUAAACAACUUAAAAACAAAUGAAACUUUUAAAAAAUCAAAAUCAAAAGAUUAUUAUAGUGAGUUUUCACAAAUUUCGCAACAUACUCCAUCACCAACCAACUAUGUUAAAGAUUUUAGUAUUAAAAGUUUACAAUCAAAUUUAAAUCAAAAUCUAACUCUUUUAUCAUUAGAAAUUCAUUCAAAUUCUAGAGGUAAACUGAAACCCAAUCCAGAAAUAGAUUCAGUCCAAGCAAUAUUUUACUGCAUUAGAGACGAAGAUUCGAUUGAAUUAGAGGGAGAACAAUAUCAAGAUAUCAAAGGUAUAAUUAUGGUUUCAUCAACAACUAAUGAUAACAAUUAUGGUUUAGAUUGUUCAAUUAAUAGAGUUAAAGAUGAAAUAGAGCUAUUGAAAUCAUUUAUACAAUUAAUAAGAUCAUAUGAUAUUGAUAUAAUUGUGGGUUUUGAAAUUCAAAUGAACUCAUUGGGUUAUUUAAUCGAAAGAUCACAUCACUUGGGAUUUUCUUUAUGCGAUGAAGUUUCAAGAGUAAUCUCACCAAUCAAGGGCAGUGAAUAUAGCAAAAGAAGUAAUUUCUUUUCAAAAGAUCGUGACCCAUAUGGUUUCGAACAUCAAUCUGGAAUUAAAAUUGUUGGUAGAAUAGUACUAAAUCUUUGGAGGAUCCUCAGGCAUGAAAUAACAAUAGACAACUAUACUUACGAAAAUCUAUGCUAUAAAGUAUUAAAUAAACGUCAAGAAGAAUACAGCAACGAAAAACUUACUCAAUGGUAUAGCGAUAAUAGACAGCGUUGGAGGGUUUUAAAUUAUAAUUUACGCCAUGUAGAGAAUAACUUCAAUUUAUUGUAUUCAUUCGAUUUUAUUAGAAAAACUAGUGAAUUGGCAAGGGUUUAUGGUAUUGACUUUUAUAGUGUAGUUUCACGUGGUUCCCAAUAUAGAGUUGAGUCGAUGUUGUUAAGACUUACAAAACCCGAUAACUUUAUUUUACUUUCACCAACAAGAGAGGAAGUCAUGUCACAACCAAUGCCAGAAUCUAUACCAUUGGUCAUGGAUCCGCUUAGUAGACUUUAUAAUAGCCCAGUUGUAGUAUUAGAUUUUCAGUCACUUUAUCCAUCAAUUAUGAUCGCAUACAACUAUUGCUUUUCAACAUGCUUGGGUAGGGUCGAUCCCUUGGAUGAAAUUAAUAGAAAAAAAUUUGGUGCAAGUUACUUAGAGAUGAAACCAGGACUUUUAGAAUCUAUUUCUUUGGACAAUAUUACCAUUUCCCCAAAUAAUGUUAUGUAUACAAAAAAAUCAGUUAGACAUGGUAUAUUCCCACGUUUGUUACAAGAGGUAUUGGAUACUCGUAUUAUGGUUAAAAGAGCAAUGAAAAAAUCAUCAAACGAUAAAAAAACUUAUAGUAUUUUGAAUGCAAGACAGCUAGGUUUAAAAAUGUUAGCAAACGUAGCAUUUGGCUAUACUGCAGCAACUUUUUCUGGAAGGAUGCCAUGUGUCGAAAUUGGUGAUAGUAUAGUUCAAACAGCCAGAGAAACAUUAGAGGCUGCCAUUAAAAUUGUAGAAUCAUCUAAAGAAUGGAAUGGUAAAGUAGUUUAUGGUGAUACAGAUAGCUUAUUUGUAUUACUACCAGGUGUCUCAAGAGAGGAGUCAUUUAAAAUUGGUCAAAAAAUUGCAGAUAAAGUUACAUCAAUGAAUCCAGCACCAGUCAAGUUAAUUUUUGAAAAAGUAUAUCAUCCAUGUAUAUUGGUAAAUAAGAAGCGUUAUGUUGGGUUUAAAUAUGAAUCGCCAGAUCAAAAAGUACCAAUAUUUGAUGCCAAAGGUAUUGAAACUGUGAGAAGAGACUCUUGUGGUGCGGUAUCAAAGAUUUUAGAGAAAUCUAUUAGAAUCAUUUUCGAAAGUAAAGAUAUAUCACUAGUAAAAUCAUAUAUAACAAGACAAUGGGAAAAAAUAUUACAAGAAAGAUUCAAUUUAAGCGAUUUUAUAUUCUCUAAAGAAGUUAGAUUAGGAACCUAUAAGGAUGAAACCCAUUUACCACCUGCAGCAUUAAUAGGUACUCGUUUAAUGAAGAAUGAUCCAAGAUUAGAACCAAGAUAUGGCGAACGUGUUCGUUAUGUAGUUGUUUAUGGGGAACCAAAUUCAAGAUUAAUAGAUUUAGUUUUAACUCCAAAUGAAUAUUUAGAAAAUAGUGAUAGACUUCGUAUCAAUGUUAUUUAUUAUAUAACCAAACAAAUUAUACCAGCACUCGAUAGAGUUUUAAAGGUUUUAAAUGUUAAUAUCAAGCAAUGGUUUAAUGAACAACCAAAACAACUAUUAUUAACACCAAUUCAAAGAAUGUCAAAAUAUUAUUAUUUUAGAAAUAAUCAAAAUAAACAUCAAUCUCGACAACCGAUUCAAAUUCAAUAUGAAAAUAAUGAUCAUCAAAAUUUAACAAUUGACCAAUUUUAUUCAACCUUAAACUGUUUAAUUUGUAGCUCAGUAAUAAAUAAUAAUAAUAAUAAUCAAGUUAUCAAUACUUCAAGUUCAAUGUUUAAUAAUUUACCAAUUUGUUUAAAUUGUAAAUCAGAUGAACAAACAAGUUAUUUUACUUUAAUUAACAGAUUUAAAUUAAUAGAAAAUCAAAAGAACAAUAUCAACGAUUUUUGCAAGAGCUGUAUAAAUGAUCCAAGUAUAGACUCCAUCGAUUGUAUUUCUUUGGAUUGCCAAACUUUUUUCGAACGUAAAAAACUAAAUCAAAUUUUUAAUAACUUAAAAAAUUGGUUUUUUUUAUUCGAUGACAAUUUAUAA